AUGAGUUUUUGUGCCAUUAAAGGUGGUGAAUAUAAACAAUCUGCUCACAAGCUUUUAGUAGCUCUUGGAGAUGAUCUGAGGAACAAGCCAAAAGUAAAGAAGAGUUUUGCUAGCAAUGAGAAAUCAAGGAAGCUUUUCAACCACUAUGCAAAUGGGAGUGGCUGGUGGGACUGUGAUAUGGAAGGUGUUGAUAAUGAUGAAGUAGGGUGCAAUGAAGUCUGGGAAGGGCUAGGCUCCACUACAUUGGGAGGACUGGAGUGGCAUUAG